CAUCUUCCCCUCUUUUCCUUGCGCCUUGGUAUGCACCAGGGGACAGAUGUCUUGGGAUCUUUAACAUUUGGGAUGCUACAAAUGCCGAAGUUAAAUGAAAUACCUCCGGGGAGGGAGGGCCGGGGGGAGAAGCGGGGAGCGGGAAGAUGGCCCGGACCCACAGGUCCUGACACGGCCCGGCGCGCGCGGGGGGCGCGGGCACAGGCGGGAGGCGCCGGAGCUCGGAGGGACAGCUGGGAGGACUCCAGGCUGCCUGCGCAUCCUGGCCCCGGCUGGGCCCCGUGCCGCCCCUCCCUACUCUGCGCCCCCUCCUACCAGAGACCCACCAUGGAGAGUAAGGGUGAGAUCAGCGACACCGACAGCGGCAUCAUCCUGCAGUCUGGCCCUGACAGCCCAGUCUCCCCGAUGAAGGAGCUGACCCACGCAGUACACAAGCAGCAGAAGGCCCUGGAAGCGCGGCUGGAGGCCUGCUUAGAGGAGCUGCGGAGACUCUGCCUCCGCGAGGCGGAGCUGACAGGCAUCUUGCCAGAAGAAUAUCCCCUCAAGCCGGGAGAAAAGCCCCCCAAGGUCCGCCGCAGGAUAGGAGCAGCGUACAAGCUGGAUGAGUGGGCCUUGCACAGAGAGGACCCCCUGAGCAGCCUGGAGCGCCAGCUGGCACUGCAGCUGCAGAUCACCGAGGCUGCGCGGCGGCUGUGCGCGGAGGAGAAUCUCAGCAAGCAGAUGCGGCGGCAGCGGAAGCACGCGGCACUGCAGGAGGAGAAGAAGCUGAGCGAGCUGCGGCGCAGCCUGGGUGAGCGGCGGCGCAACAGCGAGCCCCCUCCCGCCACCGCUGUCCAGGCGCUGGGCCAAGAGCUCAGUGCCUCAGAUGACAGCUCCCUGUCUGACGGGCUACUUCUGGAGGAAGAGGAUUCCCAAACACCCAAACUUCCCCCAGAGUCCCCAGCCCCGCCUUCCCGGGCUGUCCCACCCCAGAGCCUUGAGGGGUUGCAGCCAGCAGGACCUGAGCCUGAGGCCCUGGAGCGCGCCCCCAUCCAGAACAGCCCUUGGAAGGAGACCAGCCUGGACCACCCCUACGAGAAGGCCAGGAAGUCUUCUGAGGCCAGCAGCGAGUCCAGCAGCCUGGCUACCACACCCCAGGACGGACCCACUGCCUCUAGCCUGUGGCUGCUGGAGCCAGCCUCCUACCACAUGGGGCCCAUCCCCAGUGCUCCAGGACAGCGACAGGGAUGCACCAGCGCCCCAGCCACCCCAGAGAUGCAGGGGAGACAGGGGAGGCGGGGCCAGUCACAGUCUCUGAGGGUGGACUCCUUCCGCGUGGGGGCCGAGGGUCGAGGACGCAGCGCCUUCCCCCGCCGCCGCCCCACUCACUACACAGUCACGGUGCCGGACUCCUGCUUCCCGGCAAGCAAGCCCCCGCUGCCCCACUCUGCCUGCCACUCCUGCUCGGAGGACAGCGGCUCCGAUGUCUCCAGCAUCUCCCACCCCACUUCGCCGGGCAGCAGCAGCCCCGACAUCUCCUUCCUGCGGCCUCUCUGUUCCCCCGAGCCGCCUCGCCACCACGGGCCCUGGGGCCCGGCCUGUGGCCGAGAGCUGGUUGCCCACUACCCCAAGCUGCUGCUGCCCCCCGGGUACUUCCCGGCCGGGCGCUACGUGGUAGUGGCUGAGAGCCACUUGCGGCCUGGCGACUGGGAGCUGUGCCGCACCGGCCCGGGCCCCGCGUACGCCGAGGAGGGCGCCGCCCUGCGCUACCAGCGGCUCGUACCCGCGCACAGCCGCGUCGUGCGGACGCCGUCGCUGAAGGACAGUCCCACGGGCCGCGCGCUCAGCAAGGCUGCGGUCUCCGAGGAGCUGCGCUGCUGGCACGAGCGCGCGCGCCUUCGGAGCAGCCGCCCGCACUCGCUGGACCGCCAAGGAGCUUUCCGGGUGCGGAGCCUGCCUCCUGGGAGAGAGGGCUUCGGGCGAGCCCCGGGACCCCGUGCACAGAUGCCUACCGUGUGUGUGCUUCGGAGAGCGCCUGACGGGGCCCCUGUGCAAGUCUUUGUCCCCGAGAACGGAGAGAUCAUCAGCCAGGUGUAACUCUAUGUUCCAAGUGCCUCAGCCGCUGCUGGAAAAGACUGUUUCACUGUGGGGCCAGGGCUGAGCCCCUCACCCUUCCAGUGCCUCCCUUAGCUCCUCCAACCCCAUCGCAGGCCGAUGAUCUGGAGCUGAGACCUUUCUUGUUUUUUGGAGUUUUUUUUGUACAAGUUUUUUUCGGACUUCCUGACCUGAGGAUUUGUAUCUGUGAUUUGUCCACAAGCUCCCGAUAAUAUGAUUGCAUUGUAUCCCCAGAGUUUGGCGUCUUGGACUCAAGGCCUUGCCUGUCUGAUUACAACAUCUGUCUCCUUAGGCAAGACAAGUGGCAGACAGGGCCACCUCAGGAUGCCUCACACACUCUGCUCUGUUUCUGAGAAAGAACAGCCCCAGCGCUGUGGAGCCUGGACAUGGCUCACACUCAUGCGUGGGUUUCUCCCCAUUUCCCAGGUCUCUGGGCGCCAACGGGCUGGGGGAAAUGCUCCUUCCCCUUUAUAACGUGCUCUGUGAUGCACGCGAGCUAAAGGUCAGCGUAUCCUGGUGGAGUUCUGUCUUCCUGUACUCCCAUAUUUUCCUGACCCUGCUAUUUUCCUGACCCCUGGGACUAGGGGUCCCAGUCACUGUCCUGUCUGUUAUGUACUUGGGCUCCCAACCAGUGGAGCACCCAAUCGUAACUGCAAGGUCCUGGAGUGGGUCUGGCCUGUGCUGUUGGUUGGUGGGGAGCAGCUCACCAUUGGACCGCUGCUGGGAUCACAAGGGCUGGGUGGCCUACUCCUCCCUCUGACAUCUUUUCAUCCAGGUCCUAAAAGCCAACACCUUAUGAAUAUUUUUGGAAAAGCAUCACUUCGGUGCUGUGCUGGGGAGUGGACGAUGAUGAGAGUUGCUGCUCCAGCCACAUGUCUGCUCUUAAUUUGUAUACACACGGGAGUGCUUCCUCCUGAGUCCUGACAAGAGGCUGGAUUGUGUUAGAGGACAUUAAUGUCUUGUCCCAGCUUCUGAAAUGAAAACCCCGGAAGUGCUAAGGCCACUUCUAAUCCCUGGACCCUAGGCCCUCCCUUACUGCCAGGGAGAUACCCAGGUAGGGUCUUGCCUGGAAGAAGAAACGACAGAUGGUGUAGGGAGUGCUGACUCCAGUUUUGCCCAUGCAGAACUCUGCCCUGCGAGUUCCCUGGACUGGGACAGAGAUCGUGAAUGUAGCAGAAGGCUCUGAGAACUACGAUGCCCAGCCAGAGGAGCCACUGCCCCCAGGACACAGUGGCGAUUCCAGAGGCUGCUGAGGGAAGAACCAGGGUGGUGUACAGGAGUCAGGGAGGAGAGUGGAGCCUGAGGAGAUGGCAGUAGCAUUCCUCUCACUGCCCUUGCCUCAUCUUACGGUAGUCUCCACCUUGGGGCCCUCUUCUCCAUUAUGCUUGAAGGGCCUGCUGUGAUUUGUUGCUAGGUCUCCGCCCCUUGUCCAGGUGCCCCCACCCCCAGCAUGGUGGAGGCCCGAGCUUCUGGGCCUGAGCGUAGUUAACAUUAACUUAUUCAUUCUACAUAAGACAUGGUACAGUUGCAAAGUGACUCUGUCUUCAGCUGUGAGGCUGGAACUUGGGUCUUAGUGCCAAAUACUUAAAUAAAGUCUGUUCUUUGUGAUUGGCCCA